GAGAAAAUGCUUGAGCGGCAGUCGCGAAUUGUUUUACAUUUAUUUAUCUCUUAGUGUAAUAGUCUGAGGAUCUGUUGGAAAGACUUGUACUGUUUUCAUUUUGUUUCUGAUUCAGGAGACGCCUUUACCUCUUCGUUGGAGCGCGCAGGACAAAUGGCAAGGGAAAAACCCUAAAGAUGCAGCUGCCGUACGUGCCGAUCAUCCUAUACCAUUAACAUGUGGGGUGUACUAUUUUGAAGUACUUGUCAUGUCGAAUGAACCAGACUGUUGCAUGGGUAUCGGUCUUUGUGAAAAAAACGUUGAUUUGCAGCGACUGCCGGGUUGGGACAAGUGUUCGUAUGGUUAUCAUGGAGAUGACGGUAACUUCUUCUCGUCUUCUGGGUCUGGGAAGCAAUAUGGCCCUACUUUUACUACAAAUGAUGUUGUUGGGUGUGGUUUAAAUAUCGUGACAAGGACUAUCUUUUAUACGAAAAAUGGAACAAGUUUAGGUCUACUUUUCAUUUUUGCUACAUUUUCUUUAAAUGCUAGCACUGCUAUUAAAGAUAUUUCAAAUGUAGCUGAUCUGUAUCCAGUAGUUGGGUUGCAGAAACAUGGAGAAAUCUUACAAACAAAUUUUGGUCAGAAGCCAUUUAAAUAUAACAUUGCGGUUGAUAUUCAGGUGUGUUUUUGA